UAUAAAACAAAACAAAAAAAAAACAAAACAAAAAUGAUGGGAAAAAGAAUAGCUUCCUUCAAGAAUUUAGCCAAGAAGGUGAAGAGCAUCAACACGAGAGAAGGCGGCUCAGGAUCAACUCGUAACGAGUCUCUUCUGAUCGGCGAGGCGGAAGGGACAUCACCAGCUGCGGCGACCAAGACGCCUACUGGAACGUUUGCGGUGUACGUUGGGGAAGAACGCACUAGGCGGGUGGUGCCGACAAGCUAUUUGAACCACCCUUUAUUCAAGAUGCUCCUAGACAAGUCACACGACGAGUUUCACUCUUUGGACCAUAAGGUUAUGUUGGUUGUCCCUUGUAGCCUUUCCGUUUUCCAAGACGUCGUUGACGCCAUUGAGUCUUGUAACGGCAACUUUGAUUUCGGCGAUUUUGUUGAGGAGCUUCUUUGAUUUUUUUUUUUUUGAAUUAUAUUCUGCAUUCUUCUUGUUUAUAUUCCUUACGUUUUGAUAAUAGGUAUUUAAAAAAAGGAAAUAUGUACCCGUUUAUAGGAUUUCUUGUGAAAUUUGUGAUGGUAUUUAUACAUGAAUACAUU